AUGACUCGAGAUACUCUCCGCCCAGCCGAUGCUACCCAUAACAACAGCCCCGAGUUAGACGUUCUGGCCGGCCUGUGGGAGGAAGCGCGCUUUGCCAGACUACCAUGGGAUGCCCCGGAGGAGUUGAGGGAGUUGGUGGAGGAGAUUGACAAUCCCAGGAAAGUCUACGCUGUUCACAAGGCUAGUCGAAGACACAACUUCCAGCUUCUAGUCCAAAAGUUCAUCUUCCAACUCCGCGAGGGCUGCGGCAACGAAAACUGUACAACUUCAACAUGCUUCACUUGCCGUAGGAGGCUUGCUGGCCGAGCACCCAUCCGACGAUACAAUACCACGAGCGCGAGGACCUUGGCCAUUUACCUGGCGAGCCAGGACAAUCCUGAGAAUGGACUGUGUCCUGGUUUGCGGUUACCCAAGGCACCACCGGCCGCUCUCAACUCACUUCGUUUCUCGCCAGCUCCGAAAACAUUUUCCACCAAGGGGCCCAAUGGUGCUGGCGACGCAAGUUCACCCAAGAAUACAGGAGGCGGAAAAGGAAACAAGACACCAAAUAAUGACAGUGGGAAGGACAAGGAACGACCGAAAAGCCCAAGCCAACAUGCAAAGAAGGAUGAGCCAGGUUUCAGGGUGAUAGAGAGGCCGACAAGCAAAGACUACCGAUCCUUCGCCGCAAAUGUGUUUGGAACCGUUGCUUUCAAGAUGAUGGAGUGGCUCACCCCAGCUGCCAUGGAAGAGAUGUCGCGACUUGCAAAAGCUUACGAAGCAAGCGAGCCGGCAAUUCCAGUAAAUGGCCAGGCUGGAGCGCCAAAAGCCUCAAAGAGCGGAUUGUCGAGUCAACAAUCGGGCGCUGGACAAGUCGUACCGCCCGCUCCUCUUAAGGAGGAUAGGCCCAAGGAUAUAGAAACGAAUGGCGAAUGGAAGCAAAACGAGGACAAUGAGAAAACGGCAGUGAAGGAGGUCAGACCAGCAAGCGAACAGCCAAGCCAACAGCCACAUCGCCCUAAUGGCCACCGCCGGAACUCGAGUGCAAGAGUUCGGGCAUCAUCCGGCCCAAAGCCUAAGCGCAAACUAUCGAUUGACCAUUUCACCACGGAUACUCGCCCCAACGGUACCGCAGACAAAGGAUUGCGAGGUCUCAAGGCAGCUGGCUCGACACUUACACGUCCCAUCUCCCAGCUUUCGUCGGCCGGCUACUUUGACCAUGUCAGUUUAGAGAAGAUGCCUCCCAAGUCUGCCGAUCUGAGACCCAAGGCUGGCAUUCGCGGGCAAUUAGAUGGUUCCAAAAGCAAUGAAGCGAGUCAUUCGUCAAAAGUGACCUCCGAGUCCGGGGCUGCUGGCGUUCAAGGGGGAAAACGAGCAGUUGAGAUCGAAUCCGAUUCCGAGGAUGAUCACAUACUGCCUCAGACUUUGUCAAGGCUCGACCCCCGGGUCGUCGACUUUGUGUGCGAUGUCAUACAGGAGGAUGGCACCGCCGAAAGCCACAUCCUGGAACCACGAGCAGUAACCAAGUUCCACAAGGGAUACGCGGAUCAACGUAAGGAGCUAGAGAGGAAGCUUGACCCCAAACGCGCUCGUUCACCCAACAUGAAACUGGAAUGGAAGCUGUUUGUGGAGCAAUCUCUCUUCCAUGUGUUGAGUGAUCCGCAUCAAGCUAUCCGAUCUUUCACCACAAACGGGCAACUCUACGAUUCGGAAACGCUGUGGUAUUGCAUGCUACGCAUGACACGAAUUUGCCCCACCCUAGUCUUCCAUAGUCUGUGGAUGGCUGCUGCCAGUCUGUUCGCUCCGCCAAAGACGCUCCAGUCUCUUCGUUCACGAACCACAAAGCUUUUUCCCAAGUCCGAGAAGGCACUAUCAAACGAGGAGGCUGGUCGGCUUUUGUCCAUUUGUCUACAUGCCCUGGUCGCUGCGGCCCCUUUGGUAAAUGACGAUAGACAGCUAUAUGACAUGUCGAGAAUAAGGGCUCACGGUCUGAUAUUUGCUGGCAGUGGCUCGCCAGCUUCUCAACCCACUGAUCUGUGUCUCCAGUACGAGGAUGCUUUCUCUGACGAACUGGCCCUUCGUCUUGCUAAACGGGUUCUUGCAGCCAUCCCCACACGUCGUUAUUUUGAUGAGCUGAAGAGGUCCAACUCUGCAGACGAUGAUACCAAAGAACAUGACGUGCUUACACCCCUAUUCUCGCAACUGGAUUAUUUGAACGAGGAUGCCUUGUACAUCCUCAACUUUCCCUUCUUGGACCGCACCGUUCAUGAAACGCGCGUUCCUAUUCUUUUGCUUGACUGGGCAAGAGCUGUGAUGAUCAAAGAGUGGGAUGGUAACCCCGAGGUGCCUGGAGAUGGGCCCUUUGGUGGUGCCCUGGCCCUCAUCGAUACUAUGCACAAGAAACGGGAGGACCUCCUACUCGGCGACGUCCAGUUUCACUCCAAGUACUUUGCCGAUCGAUUAGACGUAGUGGAAGCGCCAGUGGGCUGGCUCGCGCACGCUUCUACCCGCAAGAAGCUGCACUUGCUAGAUUUCCCUUACCUGUUCGACAGCAAUACGCUAGUGGGCUUCUUCCGAGCCAUCAACCUUUCACGCAUGAACCGCUAUUACGAGCAGUCGGCCUCGAUCCAGGAGAGGUUCGAGGUCUAUAUGGGUAGAUCUAGCCCGAUGAAUGAGCACCAUAAACGGGUUAUCAUGGACAAGCUCAAGGUUGCCAGUUCCAAGUACCUUGUCCUAGAAAUCAGACGCAAUAGGGUUAUUAGGGAUGCUUUCGACCAGCUGUGGCGGCGCGAGGAGCGGGAAAUCAUGCGGCCGCUCAAGAUCCAUCUCGGUGAGCGUGCUGGCGAAGAAGGUUUCGACUCUGGUGGUGUCCAGCAGGAGUUCUUCCGCCUGGCGAUGGCAGAGGCCUUGAACCCUGACUAUGGCGCGUUCACGGUAGAUGAGAGAACCAAGAUGACAUGGUUCCAGCCUGGGUCCGUGGUGGAGGAAUGGAAGUUUGAGCUUAUAGGACUGCUCAUGUCUUUAGCCGUCUACAAUGGCCUCACCCUUCCAGUCACCUUCCCCAAGGCGCUUUACGCCAAACUCCUCGGCGAACCCGUUACCGAUCUCGACCAUAUCGCAGAUGGCUGGCCAGAUCUCGUCAGCGGGCUAACCAUGCUCCUCGACUGGGAUGAAAAGGAGAUGGGUGGUUCGGUCGAAGAUGUGUUUGCUCGCACUUACGAGUUCUCGGUUGAGAGCUUCGGCGAACAAGUGACGAAGCUCAUGACGCCUCCACCUCCGCCCAUUUCCUCUCGCAGCGGCAAGUCGGCCGCCGAAACGGAUGCCUUCUCUCGGGAAGAACCCUGGCCUCAAUUCUCCCCUGCCUUUCGAAGACUCAGUGACGCCUCGUCUUCCGCCUCUGCCCUCCCACUUGAAGAAGAAGCGCCACUCGUCACAGCUGCCAACCGCGAGCAGUUCGUGUCUGAUUACAUCCGUUACCUGACCGAUGUAUCCGUCCGCCCGCAAUUCGAGGCCUUUGCGCGCGGCUUCCGCACUUGUCUCCACCCCAAGUCCCUGUCACUGCUGACCCCUUCCCUCCUGCAAUCCCUAGUCGAAGGCGUACAGGAGAUCGACAUCGCCGAACUCCAGCGGUACACGCGCUACGUAGACUGGGACGCAUCCCACCGAACGGUCCGCGAUUUCUGGAGCAUUGUGAAGAAGUACGACGAUAAGAUGAAGAGGCGGCUGCUGGAGUUCGUCACGGCCAGCGACAGAUUGCCGGUCGGAGGCGUCAAGAACCUGGUUUUCACGCUUCAGAGGAACGGUAAGGAGGAUUAUACUGAUGUGGAUGAAGAAGAUGAAGAAGAUGAAGAGCCAUAUACUACCGACGAGGGGUGGGAGGUGCAAGGUGAAUACAGCUCUGAUGAGUAUACUUCCGAAGAGGAGGAUUUCUGGGGGCAGCAUGAGCAAGAGGAAGAGGAGGACGACGGGGUUCGUCGUGGCGAGGUCGUUAUUGAAGAUAGUGGCGAGAACCAUGCUCGGGCCCAAGCUCAGGCCCAGGAGGCUCCUGAAGGUUCUGCCACCAACAAUAACAACGCCGCCGAGGAUGAUGCAAGGCAGCAACAGCAGGAAAACACGCCGCCGCCGCAGCCGGCGACGCCGGCGCAAAGACCCUCUACUUCCUCAGCUAAUGGACACAGAAGACGGAGGAGCGAAAGAAGCUCUCUUAGUCAUCGGGCAAGACGUCCCAGUACCCGCAGCGGCAGUGGGGAGCAGCAUGAGGAAGCAGCACCAAAAGAGAAGAAGAAAAAGGCUCCGAGACUACCUACUGCUUAUACGUGUUACGGCAUCCUUCUGCUACCGGAGUACAAAGAUAAGGAGAUGUUGAGGGAAAGGCUGGCUAUGGCGUUGGAGAAUGCCCAGGGUUUCGGAUUUGCCUGACCUUUCUCUGUCGACUUCGCGAUGGUGGGGUGUGGUAGUGUGGAAAUAGG